ACGCAUAUUUAUUACUCUUUUACAAGCUAAAAGCUCAAGUGGAGCGAUCUAUGGGCUUCUUGCAGUUUACCAACACGACAAUGGCCGAAUUGUCCGUAUAAGAUAUUUUUUAUUGGCUCAUACAUCUAAACCUGCCAUGUCUUUGGUUUUAAAAAUGGCGUAUACAAGCUUUUUGUUUGCCGGUUUACGCUGUUGAAUGAUUAGUUUCCGAGACCCUGUGCGUGAUUGAACAACACGUUAAAGUGAAUAUGAGAAUAAAGUACAUGUGUAGGUACAAUAAUCUACACCAUGGAUCCGUGAACAUAUUUUUUUAGCGUUAUGGUGAAUUAGAAUGGUGCCUGUGGUUUGUCAAGCUCGCACGUCGACAGGUUACCCGUUUGAAACGUAAAUAUCAUCUAGCGGGCGUUUUAUAUUUCAGAUAUGACAGCGUCGCAAAAUAGUAGAUAAUGGAGAGUUCAGAAGACGAUGCGGGCGCCGCGACGAACGCUUCCCGCCGUGUAUCGGCGCGGGAAAAGGACGUUGGUCAGAUUGAGGACGUCAAUGCAACUAGUAGUUUACAGCAGGACCCAUCUGAACCGAGAACAUCAUGUGAAACCCCCGCAAUGUCGGAGGAAAAUUUUGAUGGGGACAGCGUUCCGUCUCCGUCGACGCAAGAUGUCAACACAAGCACGGAAGCGAUUUUGGAUAUGAUAGACGAGAUUGUUGAUGGACCCGGAGCACCGAAGCGUUUACCCUUUUCCCUCGAAAACGACACCGACAGUAGAUUUGCCGGCGGAGGAGACUCUAAUAUAACUGUAGAUAAUAUAAACAGUGAUGACAGUUCUUUAAAAUCCCAAAAUUCAGCCCCUGCCACAAGUGCCAAAAUCGAAGAAGAACAAAGCUUACAAUUAAAUUCACCCAAUGAUCUGACAUCGCAAAGUGAAGUUUUGGCAGAUGUGAAAGUGGGUUGUAUAGAAUUGCCACAAACAAGUUCAUCCAUACUUAAUAGUAAUGACUUGGAAGUGUCAAUAGAUACUCAAAAACAUGCAGUAUCAUGUUCAGAAGAGCUUCAGGGCAGUUCUGUUCCAAAUAUUCCUUCCAGCAGUAUUGUACAGACUGUGCAAAGUGUAAAAGAAACUGAGAGUUCACCUUGUGAAAGGACAGUGAAGUGUGUGACAUCUAGUGAUAUUCGAGACAAUGUUAUAGUGGAAAGUGCAGAAUCAACGUCAAGUGACAAUAGUAUUAGUGAGGGAAAAGUCCCUACAGUGGAAUCUUUAACGAGAUCACCAUUGCGACGUAGACUUGUGCGUCCCUUGCCAAACAGGCCAGACUCUACUGUAUCUUCUACGGUAGACUCAAGUAUUAAUGUCAACACAUCCGAACAGGCAAGUGAUUCUAUCAUUAAAGAUGUAUCUAGCUCUUCGGAUGCUGUGCCCUCUGUACAUGGUAAUGUUAAGCCAGAAGAGAUUAGAAGUGUAAGUGAAGUUAGUAUCUGCAAAGCAGAAACAUCGAGCAGUCCUACUAAAAAAAUUAAACUUAUUAGACAAAAAAUUAUUCCACAAACAAGUUGCACCCUGACUGAUCAAAAACUUGAUGUGGAACAGACACAAGCACAAAUUGAUCAAUGUCAAUCAACUUCUACUGAGUCACUGAUAAUUACAGAGCCUUGUGUAAAGUCUGCAAGUGAAGACAAGACAUUAGAAUCUGUUAUUCCUUGCAAUACAAUUCCUGAAACAUUUUCUGAAAAAUCUCCUCCACAGGAAUUGGAAGUAUUACCUGAAAGCACAAAAGAGACUUCUCAGAGAAGUGAAGAUGCAGCUCAAGUAUGUACUAGCCAUACUGUUGCUUUACCUGAAAAGGAUAGCUCAGAAACUGAGAAAAGAUUACCACCAUUAAAAAUUAAUCUCUCUACUACAAAUACUUCAGAAUCUACGGAAUCAACUAGUGAAACUAAAGAAAUAGAAAAUCUUGUUAGUGGGGAUGUUAGUGUAAAUUCAGAGGAGUCAGACUUAACAAAACAAGUACCUAAAUUAACAAUUAAAUUGAGUAACAAACAUACAGAAGAAAUCAAAACUCCUGUACCAAAAUUAACAAUAAAACCCAUAAGGCCUCCAAAAGAAUGUAUCAGUGAACCAGAUGUUAAAGAUGUAGAACAAAUACCUCAUGUUACUAAAUUAAAUAUUAAACCUCUUAUUAAACAGCCAGAAAGAAUAAAUGAGAUUCACCGAAAAUCGAGUAGUAGUGAGAUAUCAGAGUCAGAGUAUUCUGAAAAUGAUGAGAGCACAAGUACAUCUGACCAAGCAUCUGCUUCUGAUCAAGGAUCAUCAGAAAUAGUGCCUAAAGUAACUAUUAAACUUGGUAAACCUGGCACCGAAUCUGAGGGACAAUUCUAUACUGAGAAAAAUGUACCAAAAGUCACAAUAAAAACAGUACAAAAUUGUGAUCUUCAAGAACAAUCUUCUCCAACGAAAAUGAAAGUGAUUUUAAGUCAACCAGAAGAUACACAGCCUGAUAAAAUCCCAAAAUUUACUAUCAAAACAGUAGCUAAAAGUGAAAGCCAACCUCUUAGUCCAAAACUUAUCAUAAAGCCUAUCAUAAAACCUCCAGACGAAAUAGGAACAGAAAAUGCAGUUGAAAACUUCCGACCUCCUGAUAUACCAAAACUAAAAAUAUCAACAGAGACUCUUUCAAGCAGUGUCGAAGUUAAAGAUGUAUUUCAUGUACCUAAAAUAACUAUUAAGCCAGUUUCUAAGUCUGAACCAGAAGUUACAACUAAAAGUAAAAAGUUGCUACCUUAUGAAAACACUGAAAAUUUUCCUGUAGUAACAAAAUUAAAUAUUAAGCCUGUAAUAAAACCUUCUGACAAUAUUACAUUAGCUGAGGGCUUAGAUGACAAAGUUCCUGUAGUUUCAAAAUUAAAUAUUAAACCCAUAGUGAAACCUAAAGAUAGCGAAAUAGAUUGUAGUAAAGACGAUGUACCUAAGAUUACAAAAUUGAAUAUUAAACCCUUAAAAAGCCCAGAAAUAAAUUCUUCUGAAGAAAAAGACUGUGAUGUUUUAAAAACUGAUGUAGAUGAAAAUAGUAUACCUGUUAUUACUAAACUUAAUAUUAAGCCUAUUGUUAAGCCAUUAGAUGAAGAUUCUCUCAAAGAUAUUGAAAAUCAAUCCUCUGAAACAGGAAACUCAAGCGAUGAUAAUGCUGAUCAAAUACCUAUAGUUACAAAAAUUAACAUUAAGCCUAUAUGUAAACCAAAUGAUAUGGAAGAGUCAGGACCAAGCAUAAAGAAGGAAGAAAAUAUACCAGUGAUUACUAAAUUAAACAUUAAGCCUUUAAUAAAACCUGAUGAAAACAUAUCUCCUUUAUCACCUAAAAAAGAAAUCUCAAAAGUAACUUCUACAACAAUUACUAAAUUAAAUAUAAAACCAGUUUUAAAGCCUGAAGAAAUAAAAGAAAAAGAAUCAUCAACAUCAAACGAAAUUGAAGAAACUCCUUCAAAAAAUCCUCCAUUAGUAAUGAAAAUAAAUAGAAAAUCUGUUGUGAAUGAAAGUCAGUAUACUAUUGAUAAAAAUAAUGAUCAUGAACAUUGUAAUAACAUUGGUGACUCUGUUUCUAUAGUAUCUAAAGUAAGUUUGUCGUCAGAUCACAUUAAUACUGAAUUAAAAGAAACUGAUGUAAAUUGCAAGUUCUUUGAGCAGAGUACAAAUGAGAGACCUUCAGGAUCAUCACUAUUAAACGAAAACUGUAUUACUUUGCUUGAAGAAAGCUUGCCUUGUACUAAAGAACAAGUUUUAACCCCUGUCUUAAGUGACAACUUAUUGAAAACUGUAACUCAGCCACUUUCACCAGAAGCAAAGGCAAAUAUGGCAGAAUUUUCUUCACAUAUUAUGCCAACAAAUUCGAAAGAAUCUUCAGAGAAUGAACUAACAGAGAGGAAUACACAUGAUAAUGCAAUUAAUUUGCAAUCAGAUUUAAUUUCAAUAACACAAAAUCCCAUUGAAAGAGUCAAACAAAGAAACAGUCCCAUGAGGCAAAACUGUACUUUACUUAAAAAAUUAUUAGAAACUAGAAAAGAAAAAAGUCUGGAUGGAGAUAUGGGGAAUAAAAUGAAUACUGCCAAGUAUUCAUCAUCAUUAUUGAUGGAUUCCCCUAAAUCACCCUCAAAACAUAUAAAUGUUAAAAAUGAUUUACUUUUAGAAAAAAAUAAGUUAGAAACAGAAAAUGAUACAGCUGACUGCAGUCGAAUAAAAGACAUUAGAACGAAUGAUGUAAGCUGUAGUGUAGCACCUUUAAAAGUCCGUUCUAUGCAGGAACUGUGUAAAGAAGCUAAUGAAAAUGUUACGAAACCUCUUGAAAUUAAUAUUUCAGAUAAAAUUUCCCAUCAAAGUCCUGACCAAGAUUCUCCAAGAAUAAUAUUAAAAAUUAACAAAACUGAUCAAGGAGCAUCAGCAAAAAUUAUCACGGAAGAAUCGAAAAAAUCUGAACAAUCUUAUUCACCUGAAAAUACUCAUGAAAUGAUGAAUGAUGCUCAUCAAAGAAAGAACUUAAUAAAUAGCAGAAGAAAACCUCACGCAGAUACUCCAAUGCCCAUGGGUAAAAGAUUAAGGAGCUCAAGAAUAUUACAGACUUCAGAAAAGUCUCCAUUGGCAAAACGAAACAUGGGCAAAAGACCUUCAACAACUGAAACAAGCCCACCACACAGCAAAGAAUCUGAGUAUUCUAUGCUUGAAAUAAAGAGAAUAAAGCUUGGUCAAUUGUUGUCUAAUAAAUCCUUAACAAUUACACCUAUAGUUGCGAAAACAUCACCCGUAUCACCACCUGUAAAACCUUUGGAGAUAAAACAAGGCGCUAGAAAUCAUUCGCUCUUAAAUAAUGAAAAUUGUGCUAAAAAUGGAAGUUCUGAAAUACAUAACAUUUUAGCAAAACAAGCAAAACAGUUACAAGCCAUGCCUUUUAGUGACCUUAAUCACACCGAAAACAACCAAAGUCUGAGCCCUGAUUUAAAAUCGAGUACUUCGACUUGUAGUCCAGAUUUAUUAUCUGAGAGUAUAUCCGUUGAAAAAAGUAGACCCGAGGUUCAAAUGAUUUUCAAUGAUAACUCUGAAUCUCGAGAUUUUGGUAUGGGUCCUGAAGAAAUGGCUCGGGAUCCUCUAGAAGUGGACAAUAUAAAAUCUAAUGAUUUCUUACAUGACAUUCCUAAACCUGUUGAAAUGACACCACAGCCUAAAAAGCGUGGACGUCCGCGAAAACUACCUGUUUCAGAAGGUUCGAAAACGGUCAUCAACCUGCCUGUCACAGCACUCGAAGAACGACCCCAGCGAUCACUUCGAUUAUCUAGGGAUCGUCCGGUGAUACUUGUGAAACCGAGAGGCAGAGGUCGUGGGCGAGGUCGUCGAUUGGACACGGAGCCGAAUUCUACACCUACAGCAGAGCCUGUUGUAGAGGCUGCAAACAAAUUUUUUAUCGAGCAAAAACAGGAAGAGGAAAUAGAUCCCACUAGCUCGCGCAUUAAAUUGCCACGUAUGACAGAAGCGCUCGAUAAAAUGCCCUCCGUAUGUUCUACACCCCUGACGAGUAGAAGACGAAAUUCCUCGACGGAGCUGCAGCUUUUUGGCAGCUCUCCAGAUUUAAAAGUUGUUUUGGAGACGACACUACCUAAAAUGGAGGAUCCAUUUUUAAAAUCGGCUGAGAUGAUAAGCGAAGGAAGAGGUCGCGGGAGCAGAGGUGGACGAGGCAGCCGCGGAGGAAGAGGUCGCGCGGCAGCUGCACGUAGCCCGCGCGGUCGCGGCCGAGGCCGAGGCGGCGGUAGAGGUGCAAUGUACAUGAAGGAAACUAUGGGGAUUUAUGGAAGAGUGUGUGGUCCAGCGACUACUACUGUUCAGUUGUUUGAAGAAGAGACUUGCAUGAUGGAUGACAACGCUACUCCCGCUAAGCCCUCACAUUUACUUGACGAAGAUUCGCAGAGUUCUGUUAAAAGUUCGACCAAUGAUAGUAGCAAAAUAAGGAAGUCUAAAUUUGCAGAUUUAUUUGAUAGUAAUAAAGUAUGGACGGCUGCCGAUGUUAAAGAAUACACAUGGCCACCGCCUGAAAAGUCGGAAGGAGAACCUCAGGUUAUGAUGAUACAAGAGCAAGUUGCGAUGUUCCUGAGUGUGAAGAGUUUUAAGAGACGAUAUCCAGAAUUGAAAAGACGGACUAUUACCGGAGAAGAGAGGGACUAUGUGCUUAGCAAAGGACUAGUCACGGAAGCCCUCUGUGAUCUUGGUAUAACGGCAGUAGAUGCCAGUGAAGUAUUAGAUAUAAUGCUUUCUGAUUACCCGCACAAAUAUGAGGAAUUCAGAUGUCAUCAACGCGAGAAGCAGCUCGCUGAACCGGCAGAAGACACGAUUGAUGAAACAAAGGCUGAAAUUAAAAUUGAAAAGACAGAAAUGAAGGAACAAAAAAUCAUCGAUCAAAAACCGGAACUGCCGAAAAUUGAUCCCGAGAAAACUAGACAGGACAUGGCGGCGGCGGCCAUCGCGUCGGCGAGCGAGUGGAACGCGCGCAUGAACGCGCUGAGGCGGCCCGCCUGCGCCGACCUGCAGUCGCUGACGGUGCAGCGCCGCCGCCCGCCGCCCGCGCCGCCCGCGCUGCGCGUGCGCCCGCCGCACGGGUUCUACCCGCACGCGCUGCUGCCCGGCCAGUACCAGCACUGCUACCGCGUCUACGCGCCGCAGGACCUCAGAUAUUUCCCGCUGAACACGGCGUUGGCAGCCCCGCCCGCGCCCGCCUCCCCGCCGGAGUCCAGCUCGGAGUCCGACGCGGAGUGGGGCUCGCGCUGCUCCUCGUCGGAGUCGGACCACGACUUGCUGAGGAGCGCCAAGCGAAAAAAAUUGACAAAAACCAAAAGAAGCAGCCAAGCGGAGGCUUCGACGGCGGCCAUCAAGGACGAGGAAGUGGACACGUGCCGCGUGUGCAAGUUGCGGCUCGAGGCCAACCGCAAGUACACGCACGAGCGCUUCCUCGUCUGCGCCAACUGCAACGCUAAGCUGCACCCGUCGUGCGUGGAUCUGAGCGCGGACACGAUCCGCAAGUGUCGCGAGUACGCGUGGCAGUGCGCCGAGUGCAAGACGUGCUGCUCCUGCGCACGACCCGCCGACGACGACAAGAUGCUGUUCUGCGACCUCUGCGACCGCGGCUUCCACAUCUACUGCGUGGGGCUGCAAGCCGUGCCCACAGGUCGCUGGCACUGCGUGGAGUGCGCCGUGUGCAAGUCGUGCGGCGCGCGCGAGCCGGGCGGGCCGGACGCGGAGUGGCACCACCAGACCCGGCGCGGCCCCGGCGGUCACAAGCUCUACUCGCACUCGCUGUGCACGCCCUGCGCCAGCAUUUUUGACCCCGCAUAAUGUUCUUUAAUGACUCCAAGCAGCGUUCUUACUCAGCACAUAUCCCCCACCACUCAAUUCUUCUAAAUAAUAAAACUUAGAUUUGGAUUUAUGAAAUUUGAUGGUAUUUCAUGUUUUAGUACCUAUAUAAUAAAAAGGUCAUCUGCUCAAUGCUGAUGUUCAUGUUCACAAAUAAGAUGGUUGACUAUUGCUUAGAAGAAUUUGGUAAUAGUAAUAAGUUGCAUGCUCCACAUCUCUUCAUAUAAGUUAUUUCAAUAAUUACUUAAGUAACGAAGGUUGUUUGUUCUUUUUUCAUAUUCAGUAAAUUAGGCACUAUUUCAUUGUGCUUAAAUUUUAAAUUAUUAUUAUUGAACAAACAAUCUUUGUAUGACAAUAAAGUAGAGUCACAUAAUGUUCUUUGAUAAAAAAACAGUUAUAUUGUGAUUAUAAUUACAAUAUUUAAUAAUGUGUCAGCUUAAAACCUACUUCAUUGUCUUAUUUUCAUUUUUAUAAUUAUUGGUAAUUUAAUUCAAUCUUUUAAUCUAAUUGAUGCAACAAUUAUUUUCAUUGAUUAUAUUAAUUUUUUAGUACAGUAGUUUUUUAUAAUGUUGCCUCAAUUAAUAUUUCCAUCAUUAGGCAAUGGAUGUCGACAUCUCAUCAGCCGUUGUAAUACCAACUAACUUCAUUCCAUAUUUUUUUUAACUAACACGGGCGUAAUAUUCUCGAUGUCAUUAUUGAAGCAAUCACUAACUGAAAUGACUUUGUUACUUGUUUUUCUGGCUCUUGACACAGAUGAAAAAUAUUCGAAUUAUAUAUUUUUUUAAUUUUGUCGAAAAAUAAUUUGAUUUUAUUAGAAGUUUGUGGAUUUAUAUUAACUAUUAUUGUAUAUUUUUUUGUAAGUAAAAUAAUUAACUGUUUUAUGAUAGAUCGGUUUAGAACGUGUGUGUGUUUCAAAGUCUACGGGUCCCAGUAUCUUCUUUUUGUAACACGGGCUACUCUAUUUGUUAUCUUUUGAUUAAUUUUCCUCCUGCUAUUAAAACGUUUACACUUUACCCUCACAAAAGUAACACAUAUAUAAAUAAAACGAAUAAUAAAACGAGCCAUCGGAUGAGAAGUAACAAAGUGGAGGCGGCGAGGUCUCGACUGAUACUAAUGGCGUGUUUCUGUGUUCCGGUGCUUGUGCGCGUACGGUCCGUAUGUGUGUGUG